CCUCGAAGGUUGGACGUUGACACCCUAAACGAGGAGCUCAGGAUCAUGGGUGUGGCACGAAUGAGGCUUCAGAUAAAUCCAGAUGCAGCCUUUGGCAUGAUCUUUGAUUUUGAAGGUGUGAUCGCUGACACAAAGCACAUGAAGAGGCGAGCGUGGCAGAAGAUUGCCCAGGAAGAGGGCUUGCGAGUUCCCAGCGACGAGCAGCUUGACAAGGUGGCGGACAUGCGUCUGGAGAGAGCAAUCAUGGAGGUGUUUCGAUGGUCUCAAGAUUGGAGCAGAGCCAAGGAUUUGGCUUGGAGAGUGGCGAGUGCAUAUGGUGACGAGUUUGCAGCAGCCUCAGAGCCCCAGCCCGGCGUGCGAGAGUGGCUGCAUGUGCUGUCAAAGGUCAAUGUGCCAUGUGCAGUCGUGUCCACAUUUGACAGGAUUUCUGUGCGGAAGGCGCUGGAGAAAAUGGGCAUCCUGGAGUUCUUUGUGGCCUCUGUGACUAGCGAGGAUGGGAUGGAGACACUGAGUCAGCGCUUCUUGUGUUCGGCCAUCAAGCUUGCGAGGCCGCCCAACCAAUGCGUGGUGUUCACCUCCUCGCUUGCAGGGCUGACAGCAGCUCACAACUGCACUUCCAAGGCUGUUGCUGUGCGGAGGAGACAGUUUCACCAGGCUGACCUCUCAGUCGUAUCCCUCUCAGAACUCGCGGUCUACAACAUUCGGCGCCUUUUUGCAAAUCAGGGCAGCGAGUUCAUGAGUUUGCAGCAGGAGACUGUGGGGAAAACACCCAAGCUUCACCGCAUCCGCAAUGCAACAUUGUAG